AUGGCGGAGGUGGAUGCACCACCAUAUCUUCCUGAUGAAUUGAUCACCAAAAUCUUAGUAAGGUUACCGGUUAAGUCUCUUAUUCGUUUCAAAUCUGUUUGUAAGUCAUGGUUUUCACUUAUCUCUGAUAAUCACUUUGCAAAUUCACACUUUCAAGUUACUGCUGCAACACACACUCUUAGAAUUCUCUUCCUGACAGCAACUCCUGAGUUUCGAUAUAUAGCUGUAGAUUCGUUGUUUACCGAUGAUUAUAAUGAACCUGUUCCACUAAACCCUAAUUUUCCUCUUCCGGAAUUUGAAUUUGAUCUUGAAAUUAAAGCUUCAUUACUUGGUGGUUUCAGUUUACUUGGUGAUUAUAAUGAACCUGUUCCACUAAACCCUAAUUUUCCGCUUCCGGAAUUUGAAUUUGAUCUUGAAAUUAAAGCUUCAUGUAGAGGGUUUAUAUAUGUUCACACUUGUUCAGAAGCUUAUAUAUGGAAUCCAUCCACCGGAUUUCUUAGACAAAUACCUUUCCCUCCUAAUGUUUCAAAUUUAAUUUUUUAUGGUUUUGGGUAUGACGAAUCAACAUAUGAUUACUUGGUGGUUUCAGUUUCAUAUGUUUACUUGGGGAUUUUCUCAUUGAGAGCUAAUGCGUGGAACGAAAUUGUGAGCCCUACCCAUUUGCCUUUUUGUAGUAAGUCCUCUCCCUUUGUUUAUCCCUUAGUAGAGUCGGUCUUCAACGGAGCUAUUCACUGGUUGGCUUUCAAUUAUGAUACACAUGAAUAUCUUGUUGUUGCCUUUGAAUUAGUCGAAAGGAAACUUGUAGAGAUUCCUCUCCCAGAUGAUUUUGACCAUGGUUAUACGGUUUGUGGUUUAUGGGUAUGUAGAGGAUUUCUAAGUCUAUGGGUUAUGGUGGAUGAGGAUACGGUUGAUAUCUGGGUAAUGAAAGAAUAUAAAGUGCAGUCAUCUUGGACUAAAACUCUUGUUCUUACUACUUAUGAUACCAUUCAUAAUGUUUCCCUUGUAUGUUGUACAACAAGUGGUGAUAUUGUUGGAACAGAUAGCCGUACUGGAUUGGUGAGAUAUGAUGAGGAAGGAGAGUUUUUAGAGCAUACCUACUAUUGCAAAGAUUCACGAAAUGGAUUCCGAUUGGCUAUGUAUACGGAGUCUUUGCUUUCACUCCCUAGUGACAAUGAGGAAGCUUAAGAAGAUGGCACAAACAAGAAGAAUGAGUUAGUUAUAUUUUUCCUUCACUGUUUUCUAGGUAUUUAUAAUUGUGCUGUAUUUUGAACUCUUGGGUGGCCGAAUUUGUAACUUGAGACAGUAUGCCACACCAACUGAUUCAAUAUCUCGUGAAAUGUUUGUUUUUUGGGUUAACUAUUUGUAAUAUGUUUAUUGGAAAUAUUAACAACUUUGUUUGAUUCACUGUUAUUUAUGCACAUGUGUCUGUAGUAGUGGAGUAUCUGGAUUAUGUUCUAAUGUAUGUUGUGUUCACAGCUUGAAA